AGAUUACACUUGUAUUGAGGUAGUAAUUUUUAAUUAUACUUAUUUAUUUUAGAAUCGCGGAAUGGAAAAGAGAGAGAGAAAAAAAAGGUUAUAUGCGAAGAAGAUUAAAAGUUAUCAGUCAGCAUACUUUUGAUUCUAUAUGAUAAGGCGCAUUGAUUUUGAAAAAUCUUUCAACUGCUUCCGAUCUCAGUGAUUUCUCGACAACACUAACGAGAGCAUCUCUCUCGGGCUUUAUUUACUUUUAGCUUACAAACGACUCGAUCAGUAUUACACUUUUUUACGAUCCUUUAAUAUACUUGAACGUUUUUUUUCUCGAUAUCAUGGAACUCGUGAGGGAAGAGGACAAAUGGAAGAUUCAAAAGGGCACUACGACGAUGUUCAUUGCGGAAGUGAUUGGCACAGCGGCCCUGCUAUUCGUAGGUUGCAUGGGUGGAGUGGGUGCGUUGACUCGCGUCCCUCCAUCAUCGCUGCAAUCGACACUGACGUUUGGCAUGACGGUCAAUUUGAUUAUUAUGAUGCUCGGUCACAUAAGCGGUGCUCAUUUGAAUCCAGCAGUUACGAUUGGCGCAGUAAUAUGGGGCCUCAAGAGCAUACCAACAGGUGUAAUUUAUGUAAUAGGACAGUUCAUUGGUGCUACUAUUGGAUACGGUGUACUAAAGAUGGUCACACCGCCUGACUGUUUCAACGAUGGAAAUCCAAAUUCCACGGUUCCGCUGUGCGUAACAGCCAUUCAUCCCGAAGUCACCGCCGUCCAGGCGGUUCUCGUCGAAGCGUUUGCAACUGGUAUUAUACUUUGCACAGCCUGUGCAACUUGGGACCCUAGAUGCGCGCACACCACGGACUCGACUGCCUUGAGGUUCGGCUUUUCGGUCGUAGCCAUCGGUUCUGCUGCGGGCCCUUAUACAGGCUGCAGUCUCAAUCCAGCGAGGACGUUUGGCCCGGCACUUUGGAACAACAUGUGGAAUGAUCAUUGGGUAUACUAUGUGGGACCGGUGAUGGGUGCUCUUCUAGGAACUUACACGUAUCAGAUACUGUUUGCAUUGCCUGCAGAGCCAUCAGGUGGAAAGCACUCGCCGUGUCCGAUAGAGCUCAAGAGGUUAGACUCUACGGAACAUGCUAAUUCCAAGGGCUUGAGUGACGUAUGAAAAUAAUUCCAUACAGUUUUCUCUUCCUAUUGAAACUUUAUAUGUACUCUGUUAGCCCACUAUUUAUUGUUUCUACUUAAAUAAGACAACUCUUAUACAGAUUUUACUCUAACAAUUUGGAAUGACAUAUAUUUAUGUAUAUAUUUGUACGUGUAUAAUAAAAUGACGAAAAAGUGAGAGAAAAUAUUCGAUACA